AUGUCGAACGUUUCAGGAUCCAGUCGCAAGCGAUCUCGCGAUUCCCUACCAUCGUCAACUUUGCCGCCUUCAAAGAAAGUGACUCGAUCCGCUGCUUCCAACGCUGAGACGAUCUCAGCUUGCGAUCCCAAGGUGGCACGAUCCGCUGCGUCCAAAGCCAAGCCGUCCCUAGUUUGCAACCCCAAGGUGGCACGAUCCGCUACUGCUAAAGCCAAGCCGUCCCCAGUUUGUGACCCCAAGCCUUCUUCCGCUCCCAAGGAAACCCGCGAUCCUAAGGGUCGUCGCGAUCUCAAGAAUUGCCAUGAUCCAGCGAAGCCUGCAGCUACCUCGAAACUGGGCAAGCAGAAGCGCCGCGGUUCGAGAUCAACCUCGUCUGAGGGGGAGAUUACAUCGGCAGGUGAGGAUGAGACUUUAGCGGCUUUAUCUGGUUCGCGAUCCUCCAGUCUUCGUCGAGUAUCCAAUCCGGCGGCACAACCUUCGGCUGGGCCUUCUCCAGAUCCGAUUGUCAUAGACACGCCGAGCCCUUCGCGCGAUCCUCCACCUCCGAUUGAUCCUGUUAUUCCUACCGUGACCAAGGUAUCUCGCGCAGACCUUUUCAGAGAAGCGUCCAGCGACUCGGAUGGUGCCAUCAGCCUCUCUGAUUCGCCUCGUGAUCACGUCAAUCCGAUGUUAUCCCUGGCGGAUUAUAAUAGAUUGCCUCCUACCAAGGUCUCUCGCAACCAGUGGAUCUCCGGUUAUCGAGAUCGCGUACCGCGAUCGUUCACUCAGGUUUAUCCCUGGUCGGCACGCAAGGUCAAUUAG